AGACAAAAGCGGAUGGAUACACGCGGCGCUAUAUAAACCGACCGCGGUGCCGCCGUCCUCCAUAACCCAAACUACGUUGUUGUCUUCGUUCUUCGUACCCGUGCUGUCAGCGUCUGCGUGAGAGGUUUCUUUCGCCGCUUCGUGCACCCAAAACGAUUUAAUCAUGCAAAUCUUCGUGAAGACCCUGACGGGCAAGACCAUCACUCUCGAGGUGGAGCCAAGUGACACCAUCGAGAACGUCAAGGCAAAGAUCCAGGACAAGGAAGGCAUUCCUCCCGACCAGCAGCGACUGAUCUUCGCGGGCAAGCAGUUGGAAGAUGGCCGCACGCUGUCCGACUACAACAUCCAGAAAGAAUCCACCCUCCACCUGGUCCUGCGUCUCCGUGGUGGCAUGCAGAUCUUCGUGAAGACCCUGACGGGCAAGACCAUCACUCUCGAGGUUGAGCCAAGUGACACCAUCGAGAACGUCAAGGCAAAGAUCCAGGACAAGGAAGGCAUUCCUCCCGACCAGCAGCGACUGAUCUUCGCGGGCAAGCAGUUGGAAGAUGGCCGCACGCUGUCCGACUACAACAUCCAGAAAGAAUCCACCCUCCACCUGGUCCUGCGUCUCCGUGGUGGCAUGCAGAUCUUCGUGAAGACCCUGACGGGCAAGACCAUCACCCUGGAGGUGGAGCCAAGUGACACCAUCGAGAACGUCAAGGCAAAGAUCCAGGACAAGGAAGGCAUUCCUCCCGACCAGCAGCGACUGAUCUUCGCGGGCAAGCAGUUGGAAGAUGGCCGCACGCUGUCCGACUACAACAUCCAGAAAGAAUCCACCCUCCACCUGGUCCUGCGUCUCCGUGGUGGCAUGCAGAUCUUCGUGAAGACCCUGACGGGCAAGACCAUCACUCUCGAGGUGGAGCCAAGUGACACCAUCGAGAACGUCAAGGCAAAGAUCCAGGACAAGGAAGGCAUUCCUCCCGACCAGCAGCGACUGAUCUUCGCGGGCAAGCAGUUGGAAGAUGGCCGCACGCUGUCCGACUACAACAUCCAGAAAGAAUCCACCCUCCACCUGGUCCUGCGUCUCCGUGGUGGCAUGCAGAUCUUCGUGAAGACCCUGACGGGCAAGACCAUCACCCUGGAGGUGGAGCCAAGUGACACCAUCGAGAACGUCAAGGCAAAGAUCCAGGACAAGGAAGGCAUUCCUCCCGACCAGCAGCGACUGAUCUUCGCGGGCAAGCAGUUGGAAGAUGGCCGCACGCUGUCCGACUACAACAUCCAGAAAGAAUCCACCCUCCACCUGGUCCUGCGUCUCCGUGGUGGCAUGCAGAUCUUCGUGAAGACCCUGACGGGCAAGACCAUCACCCUGGAGGUGGAGCCAAGUGACACCAUCGAGAAUGUCAAGGCAAAGAUCCAGGACAAGGAAGGCAUUCCUCCCGACCAGCAGCGACUGAUCUUCGCGGGCAAGCAGUUGGAAGAUGGCCGCACGCUGUCCGACUACAACAUCCAGAAAGAAUCCACCCUCCACCUGGUCCUGCGUCUCCGUGGUGGCAUGCAGAUCUUCGUGAAGACCCUGACGGGCAAGACCAUCACCCUGGAGGUGGAGCCAAGUGACACCAUCGAGAACGUCAAGGCAAAGAUCCAGGACAAGGAAGGCAUUCCUCCCGACCAGCAGCGACUGAUCUUCGCGGGCAAGCAGUUGGAAGAUGGCCGCACGCUGUCCGACUACAACAUCCAGAAAGAAUCCACCCUCCACCUGGUCCUGCGUCUCCGUGGUGGCAUGCAGAUCUUCGUGAAGACCCUGACGGGCAAGACCAUCACCCUGGAAGUGGAGCCAAGUGACACCAUCGAGAACGUCAAGGCAAAGAUCCAGGACAAGGAAGGCAUUCCUCCCGACCAGCAGCGACUGAUCUUCGCGGGCAAGCAGUUGGAAGAUGGCCGCACGCUGUCCGACUACAACAUCCAGAAAGAAUCCACCCUCCACCUGGUCCUGCGUCUCCGUGGUGGCAUGCAGAUCUUCGUGAAGACCCUGACAGGCAAGACCAUCACCCUGGAGGUGGAGCCAAGUGACACCAUCGAGAACGUCAAGGCAAAGAUCCAGGACAAGGAAGGCAUUCCUCCCGACCAGCAGCGACUGAUCUUCGCAGGCAAGCAGUUGGAAGAUGGCCGCACGCUGUCCGACUACAACAUCCAGAAAGAAUCCACCCUCCACCUGGUCCUGCGUCUCCGUGGUGGCAUGCAGAUCUUCGUGAAGACCCUGACGGGCAAGACCAUCACUCUCGAGGUGGAGCCAAGUGACACCAUCGAGAACGUCAAGGCAAAGAUCCAGGACAAGGAAGGCAUUCCUCCCGACCAGCAGCGACUGAUCUUCGCGGGCAAGCAGUUGGAAGAUGGCCGCACGCUGUCCGACUACAACAUCCAGAAAGAAUCCACCCUCCACCUGGUCCUGCGUCUCCGUGGUGGCAUGCAGAUCUUCGUGAAGACCCUGACGGGCAAGACCAUCACCCUGGAGGUGGAGCCAAGUGACACCAUCGAGAACGUCAAGGCAAAGAUCCAGGACAAGGAAGGCAUUCCUCCCGACCAGCAGCGACUGAUCUUCGCGGGCAAGCAGUUGGAAGAUGGCCGCACGCUGUCCGACUACAACAUCCAGAAAGAAUCCACCCUCCACCUGGUCCUGCGUCUCCGUGGUGGCAUGCAGAUCUUCGUGAAGACCCUGACGGGCAAGACCAUCACCCUGGAGGUGGAGCCAAGUGACACCAUCGAGAACGUCAAGGCAAAGAUCCAGGACAAGGAAGGCAUUCCUCCCGACCAGCAGCGACUGAUCUUCGCGGGCAAGCAGUUGGAAGAUGGCCGCACGCUGUCCGACUACAACAUCCAGAAAGAAUCCACCCUCCACCUGGUCCUGCGUCUCCGUGGUGGCAUGCAGAUCUUCGUGAAGACCCUGACGGGCAAGACCAUCACCCUGGAGGUGGAGCCAAGUGACACCAUCGAGAACGUCAAGGCAAAGAUCCAGGACAAGGAAGGCAUUCCUCCCGACCAGCAGCGACUGAUCUUCGCGGGCAAGCAGUUGGAAGAUGGCCGCACGCUGUCCGACUACAACAUCCAGAAAGAAUCCACCCUCCACCUGGUCCUGCGUCUCCGUGGUGGCAUGCAGAUCUUCGUGAAGACCCUGACGGGCAAGACCAUCACCCUGGAGGUGGAGCCAAGUGACACCAUCGAGAACGUCAAGGCAAAGAUCCAGGACAAGGAAGGCAUUCCUCCCGACCAGCAGCGACUGAUCUUCGCGGGCAAGCAGUUGGAAGAUGGCCGCACGCUGUCCGACUACAACAUCCAGAAAGAAUCCACCCUCCACCUGGUCCUGCGUCUCCGUGGUGGCAUGCAGAUCUUCGUGAAGACCCUGACGGGCAAGACCAUCACCCUGGAGGUGGAGCCAAGUGACACCAUCGAGAAUGUCAAGGCAAAGAUCCAGGACAAGGAAGGCAUUCCUCCCGACCAGCAGCGACUGAUCUUCGCGGGCAAGCAGUUGGAAGAUGGCCGCACGCUGUCCGACUACAACAUCCAGAAAGAAUCCACCCUCCACCUGGUCCUGCGUCUCCGUGGUGGCAUGCAGAUCUUCGUGAAGACCCUGACGGGCAAGACCAUCACCCUGGAGGUGGAGCCAAGUGACACCAUCGAGAACGUCAAGGCAAAGAUCCAGGACAAGGAAGGCAUUCCUCCCGACCAGCAGCGACUGAUCUUCGCGGGCAAGCAGUUGGAAGAUGGCCGCACGCUGUCCGACUACAACAUCCAGAAAGAAUCCACCCUCCACCUGGUCCUGCGUCUCCGUGGUGGCAUGCAGAUCUUCGUGAAGACCCUGACGGGCAAGACCAUCACCCUGGAGGUGGAGCCAAGUGACACCAUCGAGAACGUCAAGGCAAAGAUCCAGGACAAGGAAGGCAUUCCUCCCGACCAGCAGCGACUGAUCUUCGCGGGCAAGCAGUUGGAAGAUGGCCGCACGCUGUCCGACUACAACAUCCAGAAAGAAUCCACCCUCCACCUGGUCCUGCGUCUCCGUGGUGGCAUGCAGAUCUUCGUGAAGACCCUGACGGGCAAGACCAUCACCCUGGAGGUGGAGCCAAGUGACACCAUCGAGAACGUCAAGGCAAAGAUCCAGGACAAGGAAGGCAUUCCUCCCGACCAGCAGCGACUGAUCUUCGCGGGCAAGCAGUUGGAAGAUGGCCGCACGCUGUCCGACUACAACAUCCAGAAAGAAUCCACCCUCCACCUGGUCCUGCGUCUCCGUGGUGGCAUGCAGAUCUUCGUGAAGACCCUGACGGGCAAGACCAUCACCCUGGAGGUGGAGCCAAGUGACACCAUCGAGAACGUCAAGGCAAAGAUCCAGGACAAGGAAGGCAUUCCUCCCGACCAGCAGCGACUGAUCUUCGCGGGCAAGCAGUUGGAAGAUGGCCGCACGCUGUCCGACUACAACAUCCAGAAAGAAUCCACCCUCCACCUGGUCCUGCGUCUCCGUGGUGGCAUGCAGAUCUUCGUGAAGACCCUGACGGGCAAGACCAUCACCCUGGAGGUGGAGCCAAGUGACACCAUCGAGAACGUCAAGGCAAAGAUCCAGGACAAGGAAGGCAUUCCUCCCGACCAGCAGCGACUGAUCUUCGCGGGCAAGCAGUUGGAAGAUGGCCGCACGCUGUCCGACUACAACAUCCAGAAAGAAUCCACCCUCCACCUGGUCCUGCGUCUCCGUGGUGGCAUGCAGAUCUUCGUGAAGACCUUGAUGGGCAAGACCAUCACCCUCGACGUGGAGCCAAGUGACACCAUGCAGAAAGAUUUCACCCUCGGGGGGGCAUUUAAAAUUAGCUAAAUUACCUUCGACAUUCCAGGCUGUCUUAAUUCCAGCAUAAUUUUAAAAGGGUUAACUUUUUUCAACAGCUUGUGCAACUCUAUAUAUUAUAUGUUGCAUGGAGUUACAGUAAACGAUUCCUUAACAUUGGAUUUCCACUAAUCUACACGCACUAGAUGUCGAAAGUACUUUAUGUUGUUUGUGCAUUAUAAAUAAUAAAGAUUUAUGGUGAAUGGA